CCGCGUGUCCGCAUGGUUUAAACGAUAACACAUGUCAAAUGUCAAUAUUCAUUAUUCACUAUUCACUAGACCUGACAUUCAGCGUACAACGAAUAACGAUUAGUUCGAAUUCUAAUCCCUAUACUCUAUAGUAACUAGUAAGCAAAGUGAGUUGUGGUGACUAGUUUUGGUAUUUAAUUUUCUUCGGUCGGAACAACGUUGUAAAAACAGUUACUUUUAAAAUGUCUGAAUCGGAGCAUGAAAGUGAAGGAGAAAUGGUUGUUGAAGAUGAAAACGACGAAGGCGGCGAAUCGUCUGGCAUAGUUAAUAAAAAAGAACCACGACAAGUUUACUUGCCUGGUCAUCAGAUGCAGGAAGACGAGUCUUUGGUAUUCGAUCCAUCUGCCUACCACAUGCUGCAUGACAUCGAUUCCGGUUUGCCAUGUUUGAGUUUUGACGUAAUUGUUGACGACUUGGGCUGUGGCCGUAGUGAUUUUCCACACUCUAUGUAUUUGGUUGCCGGAAGCCAAGCAGAAAAACCCAAAGACAAUUGUGUGUUUGUUAUGAAGCUAUCCAACUUAAAUGCAAUUAAAAACGAUGAAAGUAGUUCAUCGGAUGAUUCAGAUGUUGAGUCUGACAGUAGUGACGAUGAAUCUAAUGAUCAACCUGUGUUACAGAUAUCUUCAAUUCCUCAUUUGGGCACUGUUAAUCGAAUUAGGAAUACUACAGUUGAUGACAAAGUAUUUGCAGCUGUAUGGUCAGAAAGAGGUAUUGUCAAUAUUUAUGAUUUAAAUAGUAAAUUGAAAGAAGUCGAAAAAGCUAAUAGAAAUCGUAAAAUUGGAAGUGAAGAAAAGAAAAAAAAGUUUGGUAAAGCUGCUCCCAAGAGAUUAAUGUCUGAACAUAAACCUUUAUAUUCAUACUCUGGACAUAGAGAUGAAGGUUUUGCUUUAGAUUGGUCUUCAAAGUCUCCAGGAUUUUUAGCUAGUGGUGAUUGCAAAGGAAAUAUUCAUACAUGGAAACCAAGUGAAAGUGGUUGGGUUGUUAAUUUACAUUCAUUAGGGGGGCAUAAAGAAUCUGUUGAGGAUUUACAAUGGUCUCCAAAUGAAGUUAAUGUGCUUGCUUCUUGUUCUGUAGACAGAUCACUAAGAAUAUGGGAUACACGGUUAGCACCAAACAAAGCCAAUAUGUUGACAAUUGCUGACGCUCAUGAUAAUGAUAUUAAUGUCAUAAAUUGGAAUAAAAAAGAUCCAUUAAUUGUUUCUGGUGGUGAUGAUGGAAAACUUAUGAUUUGGGACUUAAGACAAUUUAAAAAAGAUAAGGAACUAGCUGUAUUCAAACAUCACACUAGUGCUAUUACAACAGUCGAAUGGAGUCCAGAUGAUAGUUCUGUGUUUGCUUCUGGUGGUGAUGAUGAUCAAAUAGCAAUUUGGGAUUUAGCUGUCGAAAGGGAUACUACCAAUGAUCAAGAUGACAUAAAAGAAAUUCCACCACAGCUUUUGUUUAUUCACCAAGGACAGGAACACAUCAAAGAACUUCAUUGGCAUCCUCAAAUUACUGGAGUUCUUAUUAGUACUGCACAAACUGGUUUCAAUGUUUUUAGAACCAUAAGUAUAUAAAAAAAAAUGUAUAACAGAUAAAAAUAUAUUUAGUAUUUGCUUCUAUUUUACAAUAAUUUUUUUAACAUAUAAUAAACAUAAUACACACAAUUUAUAUUUAUGAUAAUAUAUAUGUAUUUGGAAUGA